AUGCCAUCUUUAGUACAAAAACCAGCUCCACAGUUUACUGCUAGUGCAGUGAUGCCGGAUGGAUCAUUUGCUACCGUGUCAUUGAGUGACUACCGUGGAAAAUAUGUUGUUUUGUUUUUUUAUCCACUUAACUUUACAUUUGUAUGCCCAUCUGAGAUAUUGGCCUUCCAUAAAGCAUCCAAGGAAUUUGAGAAGUUGGAUACUCAGUUAUUAGGGGUGUCUGUUGAUUCACAAUACUCUCAUGCUGCUUGGCGUCGUGCACCAUUAGAACAAGGAGGUAUUGGUUCAAUAAGUUUUCCAUUAAUAUCUGAUAUUACUCAUUCAAUUAGUAGGGACUAUGGAAUUCUUCUUGAGGGGGGAGUUGCAUUAAGGGGACUUUAUCUUAUUGAUAGAGAAGGUAUUGUAAGAUCUCAAGUAGUACAUGAUUUAUCACUUGGAAGGUCUGUUGAGGAGACACUUCGUGUUGUUGAAGCUCUUCAAUUUACUGAGCAACAUGGUGAAGUAUGUCCUGCUAAUUGGAAGAAGGGUCUAAAGGGUAUGACCCCCUCUCAUGUCGGUGUAUCUGAAUACUUAAAGUCUAACUUUUAG